UCGUGCAUGAAUUGAAUACACGCGAGACGAACCCAAGCGUCCGCGGCGUCCGGAACGACCGACCGCCGCUCCUACGGCGCGCGGCUCAGGGCGCAUGCCCCGGGGGGUUUAUUAUCUUCUUUCUGUUCAAGUGCCAUUUCGUUGCAUGCAGUGCAGUCUAUAAAACAGAAUGCGUUCUCCGCGGGUCUCGAGUUUCCUAUCACUUAUCGUCAUUCGUAGCGUAUAAACAUAACAGCACGCGGUCAUUAGCUCUCGAUUCAUAUUGUUUACGUAUUCGUCUGGCACAUGGGAGGGCGGCCGGAGCGCGGCUGAAAAUCGCGUCGGACCCGCUUCGCGAGUGACGACGAGCACGUAUCGCCGUUCGUGGCGUUCCCUCGAGGCGUCGUGAUUACAGAUAUCGGUGCGCGGGACUCACCCCGGGCCUUGCGGACGCGCAAAAAUGUCAUCGAGCUACGCGGACGGGUUAUCGCCGUACGAAAACAAAGGAGUGCUGGGACAGGAGGAGAGAUACGACAGCGUCGAGACCCUUCGCCUGAAAUGCGGCCUCCUGGCCGACUGGAUACACGGCGCGCGCCACGUCGUCCUCCACACCGGCGCCGGCAUCAGCACCGCCGCUGGCAUCCCCGACUUUCGGGGUACAAAUGGCGUCUGGACAUUGGAACAGAAGGGUUUGAAACCUUCUAUGAACAUCUCUUUUGACGAAGCAAUCCCCACAAAGACGCAUAUGGCAUUGAAAAAACUGAUUGAGGCCAAAAAAGCAAAAUUCAUUAUAAGUCAGAAUAUAGAUGGACUGCAUCUACGAUCGGGAAUACAGAGGCAGCAUCUUGCUGAAUUGCAUGGAAACAUGUUUACAGAGCAGUGUGACAAAUGUGGCAGACAAUUUAUUCGUAACUUCGCGACUAAAAGCGUGGGAAAGAAAUCCUUGGACACUGUAUGCAGAUCGGAGCAAAUAGGCGGUCGUCCGUGCCGUGGCCGAAUGCACGACACCAUUCUCGAUUGGGAGCAUAAUUUGCCGGACAGCGACUUGACACUGUCUGAUCUUCACUCCAGUGUCGCCGAUUUGAGUAUAUGCCUGGGAACGACGUUACAAAUUAUUCCAAGUGGUAAUCUGCCUUUGUACACGAAAAAAUAUGGAGGCCGUCUCGUUAUAUGUAAUCUGCAACCGACGAAACAUGAUAAGAAAGCUGACUUGAUCAUUAACGGCAACGUCGACGAGAUAAUGGUCGCGGUUAUGAAAAAAUUGGGAUUGGAAAUUCCGGAAUACGAAAGCAGCAUGGAUCCAACGCGAAACUCCGACACAACGGCUAAAGAGAUGGACUGGACAAUCCCGACCAGCAGAGUAAAGGAGAUGAAUGUGCUGUACAAAAAGGUGUGCAAGCCGAUGCGGAGGAAACGGAAAACGUUUAUGUAUGAGAGAGAGAGAACAGACACCAAACCGGAAACUAAAGCCAGGAAGCAAGCAUUUACGGUUAAGCAAGAAAUCAAAACGGAAGAUAAUAAAACUACAUCGGGUGAAAUGUAUAAGACCGGAAACGAUCGUGUGGGUGACAGCUCCGUUAAGACAGAAGAGACCGUGGAGGAUGUUGAAACGUGUAGAUACUCGAUGGAAGACGCAACGGAGCAUAACACUGAUCUGAAAAUGAAUCAAACGGUGUAGCAAGUUUUGAAGUAAUAAUUUUCCAUUCUAAUAUUUCGAUUAUUCUCAGUGUACGCUACAGUUACUUAUGAGUGCAUAUUGAAUAAUGUUCAUUAUCCGUAUAAAAUAUGCGAUAGAUUUGCUGAUGUUCAAUAGGCACACUUGCUGCACAUUUAGUAUUAAAUGUGGCUUUCCCUCUUCCUCCCUUUGUCUUCCUUUGUCUCUUCUUUUUUCCUCCUUUCUCCCUCUCUCUUUAGUCCUUUUGUCCUUUCUCUGUUCCAUUUUUUAUUUGUAAAGAAAUAUACGAGACGAAAGAUACAAUUAUGAAACGUAAUUAUAUCUUUACUAAGAUAGUUGCUUCUAUAUAUUUACAUAUUUUUAUCCAAACUUGUAUUCCGGAAGCAAUAACAAAUGAUCCUCAUCCGCGAAAAUAGUAUUUCGGUCUGUAUAAUUUUAUAAACGCGUACCAAUUGUGGACAUUUAACAUUAAAUGUGCAAUAUAAGAAUAUAAUUUUGUUUUCAGGACGUCAUUUGUGACAAAGACAGUGAAAAUAUUCCGAUAGUUGUAUAUAUUCUUAUUAGUGUCUACAAAGUUCCGUUUGCGUGCUGCAUCUGCUUUUUACAAGUAGCCUAUAUAUUUACGCAUAUGCAUAUUAGAUAUUGCGACGAGAGAUUCGACAUAGAGAGAUUAAAUCUCUCGACAAGCAACGUGUUCCAGAUUUCUCGUGCAUAAUACGAUACUUUUUCCACUAUAGAUUACUAAUAAGAGAUUUUUCGAUAAAAAAAAAGAUCUUCCUAGAAGACGUUUUGCCAGUAAGAACUUCCAUAAGCUUUUUUUAAUUGAGAAUAGCUGAAUUCCAAGUAGUUGCUUGAUCGUAAUAAUAAGAAUAAUACAGAUAUGAGAGCUGCCUAGUACACGAAUACUUUAUGCCCAUAUAAAUGGUUGAGAAAUUAUAUCUCCGACAGAUUUUUAUAUUAUCUAUUAAAGAACUAGAGAUUUUCAUAUAUAUAAUUUUCCUCUAUCUUCCAUUCCUUUCGUGAAUAUCUUUCAUUGAUUCUGCAAUUUUCAGCAAUGCAAAAAAUACAUGUAUCCUGCGAAAAAAUAUGUAUAAAAAAAAAGUAUAUCUAUCGAGAUAAUUUUGAACGUCUCAAAUAUGGCUGAGAAAAAAAUAUAAACCUAAUUAAGAAAGGGGCAAAAUAGCAAAAAUGAUUUUAAAAAUGUGGCGUUACGAACGAUUGGAUUAUAAAGAGAUUAUGAAUCCAGCGUCGUUUCUACUGGCGACAUUUCCUUAUGACUUUCCUAAAUAAUUGCUUCCGUAAAUAGAUUAAUUCUGGGUCCCGUUGAUCGUCCUCGAUGUUCAGGUAUGUUUGCCUUAUGAAAAUUGACAGCGCACACGGGACCGAUUUGCGCGUCAUAUAAUACAAAGCACAUUGUAUAAGUAAGCUAAUAGCACUAUUUGCUACAAGCUGAUGUUAGAUUGUCCGAUAAAUUCAGAUGUUGAAUUUUUAACAGAGUGCGCCGUUUUCCAUAUAGUGUUGAAGGGAAUGUUGAAAGUAAAAGUUUUAACAAUAUCUCGCAGAGUUAGUAUGCUAAACGAUUUUUCGCGCGUAGAUUAUACAAGCUGCCACUUGUAGAGUGCAUUCCGAUAGAAUGCGAUAUAGCGAAUCAUGUAAUAUUUAUAUGUACAUAGUGAUGUUUGCUUCAUUCAUCGUAAUACAUGACUUUAUUUAAGUAAUCAUUAUUAUUCGCCAGAUAUAAUAUUCGGAAAUAAAAAAUACAUCUAUGAAAAGGUC